AGCUCGACGAGAACAAGCAAACGUAUGGCCAACCAAUGAACCCGUGAACCAAUAUCUCUCUCUUUCUCAACGUCGUUUUGUUAGACCUGAAGAAUAGAUGUACUUGUGCUGACACGAUUGCAAUUCCAUGUCUGUUUUGAUACACCUAGGAUCUACGAAUACCAGAUGGCCCGAUAUAAGGAGGAAAUGAACGCCAUUUUAAGUGGCGUGCAUCCGGACUUUCAUGAUCAGCUCGAGGAUUUGGCAGAGAUUCGGGACACAACUAUUGCCAACGCACGAUUAUUUAGGGACUACCAGUUCGAAUGUGCACAGCACGCUUAUGAACUUGAGACAGAGCUCGCGGAAGAAGAAUACAAGACGGAACAGGAAGGUCUGAGAGAAAAGAUGCUAACGGUCAUUGAUGCCAAGCGGAGGGCGUUGCGCGACGACAAGGAGAACUUGGAUAUUACGAACGACUUUGCGCUAGAGCCGACUUCUAGAGCAAAUUCUGCCAGGCGGAUGCUCAGGAAGCGCGGACAGGAGUCUGAGGUUGGAUCUAAGAACUCGAAGCGAAAGCCCAACGCUCCUGCGAAUUGCAAAUGGCUGGCCUCGGAUGCUGAUGCUCUUGACGAUUUGAGUUUGAUCCGCAAGAUUGUUCCCUCGGCUUUAACAAAGAAGUCAACUUCUGUCAAGAAAAAGUAGAAGCCUAGUGAAGUGGCCCCGGAUAUUUGUCUUUCGUCUGUGUGCCUCAUUUGUAGCCAUAAUAAACAACCAUUUCAACACAAC